AUGUUCAUUUUUUCAAUUGCGAUUUGGGCUAUUUUUUAAACUCUUCUAAGAGCAGAAGUAAUAGUUCAAUCAUAUUUUUUAAAUUAAACUGAUGUUGAUCCUAGCAUUUAACUUGAUAAUUUUGGUAGCUCUAUGAUGAUUAAUCAUAACCAUACAUUCUACGAUAUUGUUUAUUGCAACUCUUUUGCUCUACAAGCGAGAUCUUUUUUUAAAGAUUUUGUUUAGAAAUAUGAGUUGGUUCCUAAAAAUCCUAAUUUCUUCAAGAAUUCUGACUUGCUUUCUCCAAUUGAUUUUUAUGAUGACUCAAACUAGAGAAAAUGCUCUAAAUGUGGUAAAAAUUUUAUAACAAAUCCAUCUGUACAUUAUCAUCUAUAAAGAGACCACAUUUAGUUUAGUACUUUUUAGUUAGCAGCCGAAGGUAACAGCGAAGAAUACUACUUUAUGGACAAGCUUUGUAAAUUCAUAGACUGCACAAGAGAAAAAAAUUAGCAUAAUACUCAAACUUUCAUUUAAUCAGAAAAGAGAGUUUCACAUUGUUUUAAUUUUAUGCUUGAAAAUUUUGUAAAGCAAGAAAACUAAACAGAAGAUUAAUUUAUAAAGAAAGUAUAUUAACUUUGUGAGUAUGUAGGAAAGAAGGACCCUUCUGAAAUGAUAGAAGCUACUCAAUCAACCUUUUUUUCAGUUUUAUGGACUAUUAUAUUUUGGAUUGGUAUUCUAAUGUCCAUAAGCUAUUAUUCUAUUCUUUUACUGACACAGGAAGGUAGACGUGCUUGGUUGACAAAAAUAGAAGAUUGA